AUGCCCGCAUGGAAUGAUGGUUUAUCAGGCGAGGGGAAUCUCAUUUCAUUCAUUAUUCCAGGCUGCAAUAUAAGAAAUCAAGACUUAUCCGCUAAAUUCUACAGAAAUCAUUCGUAUAACUUUAUAUUUAAUUCACGAGAUGUUGAUUUUGCAAGUCCAAAAAGCCUCCUUGUAGGAACUGGACAAGUUGGCCACGCUGUAUGCUCUCUAAAUCAAGUAGAAAAUCUUGGACCUGCAUAUAAUUCAAAUUUUUCAGUUAUAAUUCCUCAAAAUCCAGCGAAAUCGCAGUUCAGCAAGAUAUUUAAACAAUUUAAAUACGAGUUUGAGAAAGAUGAUAUAAGAGUUGAUUUAAUUCCACUUUUUUACGAUUCAAUAUCAACUUUAGAUCGUAUUUUCUACUACCAAGAGCCAAUACAGGAAAUAGACUAUCACGUAGAAGAUGCUGCAAUACGUGGAAGAGAUUAUAAAGGAACAAUUUACGUAAUAUCAGCACCUAACCUUCGAAAUAACAGCAUACACUUCUCAUAUAUUUCAAACAAGGCAGAAGUGAUCGAAGUUUCACCAUCUACAAACAAAGGAGGUGCUCAUUUCACAGCAUAUCCUUCAUCAAGCACAAUUAUUAAUGUUCCUACCGCUGGAUCAAUGUUCGUGUCUUCAAGAAUGUUGUAUCCAUCUCUGCAAUCACUUAAUGCAUGGGAAACCGUUAGUCCGAACUCUAAUGGAGGAAAUGACAUUCAUCCUUCAGUUGCCGCAGGAAUUAUAUCGUUAAUUAUCGAAGCGAACAAAAAUCUCGGGUACAGAGAUGUCCAAUGGAUUUUAAUUUUGACCGCAACAAUAAAUGAUCCAAGAUCUUUCCUUUGGACCAGGAAUGCAGCCAAUAUAUAUUACCAUCCUCUUAAUGGUUUCGGAAGAAUCAAUGCAAACUUGUCCUGUCUCGUUGCGAAGACUUUUAAACAAUUGCCAAGAAUUUCUUCGGCAAAAUCUUCAAUUAAUAGAUCAUUUAAUACGACAAAAGUUCUAGAAAAACCACUUGAAGUCGAAUUCCACAUAGAUUCCGAUAUUUUCUUCGAACAUGCGUAUUUUUCAUUUUCAAUUAAGCCGUUUGAUAUCACGAUGAUGCAUAUUUUCCUUAGAAGUCCCAAUGGAACUACGAUUCCGAUCCUAUUUCCAAGGCUUUCCGAGCAAGAAAACGCGAAAAAGAUAUUAAUUCGAGGAUUCUUCGGAGAAAAUGCGAAAGGAACAUGGAAAGCAAUUUUCAUCGACUCAACAUACCAGCCUCAUUGUGUAGAGAAUCUCUCCCUUGAGAUUUUCGGAGUAAAAGAAUAUCCGAAGUUUAUUGACCGCAUUGUCGGUGAAAAACUCCAUGGAAAGAACGUCUCUUUUUCUUAUAAUACCACAGGGAACCUUCUAAUUAGGGCUCCGGAGUUCACACAAUGCGGCCAAAAUAUUUCGAUGUCAAUUGUAUACAAAGGAAUGAUUUCCCAUCAUAUUACUGAAGUUCCUGUAAUGUUACUAAGCACAACCUCGCAAAGAGCGAUCUGUAUUGGCUCUUGUCCUUUAGAUGGAACAGUUACUCAUUUAAUGAUACCUUGUAUUACACUUGACAGAGAAGUUCUUACUAAAAUAUUCGUAGAAAUUCCAGAAUUGAACGAAUAUGCCUCCAAUUCCAUUACAAUUUUCAAUAAUCGAGACGAUAGACAACUUAAUUACCCUCCACCUUACUCAAAGUUCACUAUUUCGAAGGAGACAACUGUAAGAUUGAGUGUUGCGACUACUUCUUAUACAGUUGACAGCGGAAUUUCAGAAUCAAUGUUCAUAUCUCUUUAUGACAUUGAAAAACAGACAAAAAUAGCAUCCUGGAUGACUAAGAACAGAUGGAAUAUGGUGUUUCCACUUCCAUCUGGCAUCAAACCUUCAAAUGGACUUUUCAUUAUCACUCCUCUUUACAUUAGUGAGCCAGAUGAGUGCUCUGCAUACAUAGUUCCUGUCCAUUUGGUCAAUAACAGCGAUACCCUGCAGCCAUUCAUUGUAAAUAUAUCAACAUCUUGUAAAAUUGACCCAGAUAUCUUCACACAGAUCAUUCCUCAGCCCGACCAACAAGGAAAUAUUUGGAGAAAAAUAGUUGACGUGUUCGUUAAACUACUUCCAAUAACAAUUCUCUUACUUUUGGGUUUAAUUCUAAUUAUUUUGACAUGGAAGACAAAAACAAGGAGAGCUCCCGAAGAUCUCGAAAGUUUAUAUAUACGUUCUUAA